ACCGCCGCCCGGUUUCCAGCCGCCGCCGCCCGACAGGUGAGCGGGUCGCGGCCGCCGGAGACCCCGCGGGCAGAUCUGGAGUCCCGGAAGCCCGCAAGGUUCGCAGCAGUCCCCGGGGAGAGGAGCACCUGACAGGCAGCUCCAUGCUGUCCCCCCUCUAUCCGGACCAUGGCGGCUCGGCGGUGUGGCCUCAGACUUCGUCCUGCUCCUCCUCGUCUCCGGGCCUCCACCGGCCGCUGCGCUGCCGCCCUCCGCCCAUCAGCGGGAGCAGCGUGGGCCCGAACCCCACGUACUACCACACUGUGUACGACGUCCGGGUGGAGCAGUACAGCGAGCUGCCCUUCAGCGGCGUGGGCGGCGGCUACGGGGUCCGCUCCAGCCGCGGCUCCAUCUCCCUGGUUGCCAACGGCAGCGAUCCCACGGUGCCGCUGAUUCGCCGGAGGGGAGGAGUGGUGGAUCACCGCGAUGUCAUUCUGGCUCACCAAGCACACAAGCUGCACAACACUCCGCAGGCCAGGAGGAAGCAAUGGGAAAUGGCGCGUUUUGGAGACGAGGUACCCAACAGGUAUGGAGGAGGAGGAGGAGGUGGUGGCGGUGGUGGCGGGGGUGCCGGCGGACAAGGGGGGCCCGGCCGUGGCGGCAGCAGGCAAGGGGGGCCCCCCGGAGCGCAGCGGAUGUACAAGCAGUCGAUGGCCCAGAGAGCCCGGACCAUGGCCCUGUACAACCCCAUACCCGUCCGGCAGAGCUGCCUAACGGUCAACCGCUCCCUCUUCCUCUUCAGCGAAGACAACGUGGUGAGGAAGUACGCCAAAAAGAUCACCGAAUGGCCUCCUUUCGAAUGGAUGAUCCUCACCACCAUCAUCGCAAACUGCAUCGUCCUGGCUCUGGAGCAGCACCUUCCAGACGGAGACAAGACGCCUCUGUCCGAGCGACUGGAGGAGACAGAGCCCUACUUCAUAGCCAUCUUCUGUUUCGAGUCGGGGAUAAAGAUCCUGGCUCUGGGUUUUGCGUUACAUAAGGGCUCCUACCUGAGGAACGGCUGGAACGUCAUGGACUUCGUGGUCGUGCUCACCGGUAUUUUGUCAUCGGUGGGCUCUCAGCUUGAUCUGAGGACGCUACGGGCCGUCAGAGUGUUGCGACCGCUGAAACUGGUCUCUGGGAUUCCCAGCCUGCAGGUGGUGCUCAAAUCCAUCAUGAAGGCCAUGAUCCCCCUGCUACAGAUCGGCCUGCUGCUGUUCGUGGCCAUCCUCAUGUUUGCCAUCAUCGGCCUGGAGUUCUACAUGGGGAAGUUCCACACCACCUGCUACGAUGAGGUUACAGGGGAGAUUGUGGGCAAAUCUCCGUGUGGCAAAGAGUUGCCGUCCAGGUUGUGUCCCAACGGCACGGUGUGUCGAGGCGGCUGGAUCGGGCCCAACUACGGCAUCACCCAGUUUGACAACAUCCUGUUCGCCAUCCUCACCGUCUUCCAGUGCAUCACCAUGGAGGGAUGGACAGAAAUGCUCUACUUCAGUAACGAUGUGGAGGGCAGUGCCUGGAACUGGAUGUACUACAUCCCCCUCAUCAUCAUCGGCUCCUUCUUCAUGCUCAACCUGGUGCUGGGUGUACUCUCAGGUGAAUUUGCCAAAGAGAGGGAGCGGGUGGAGAACAGGAGCGAGUUCCUCAAGCUGAGGCGACAGCAGCAGAUUGAGCGGGAGCUCAACGGAUACUUGGAGUGGAUCUGCAAAGCAGAAGAGGUGAUUCUGGCUGAGGAAGACGGCACGGGGAACUUUGAUGGUUCGAGGCGAAGGCCAACUAUGAAAACCAAAAACAACAAGACGGAGCUGCUGAGGAACCCCGAGGAAGGAGAGGACAACAUGGGCGAUGCUGUCGGAUUUGCCCGGUCCAGUAUCAAGAGUGGUAAGGAGGGCUCCAAUUACAGUAAGAAGGAGCGGCGGCUGCGGUUCUUCAUCCGCAAGAUAGUGAAGACGCAAGCUUUCUACUGGACGGUGCUCUGCCUGGUGGGCCUGAACACCAUAUGCGUGGCGUCGGUGCACUACGACCAGCCUCAGCUGCUCACCGACUUCCUCUUCUAUGCAGAGUUUAUCUUCCUCGGUUUGUUCAUGUCUGAGAUGCUGAUCAAGAUGUACGGCCUGGGCAUCCAGCCCUACUUCCACUCCUCAUUCAACUGCUUCGAUUGCGUGGUGAUCAUCGGCAGUAUCUUCGAGGUUGUGUGGGCCACCAUUAAACCGGGCGCGUCCUUUGGAAUCAGUGUGUUACGAGCUCUGCGACUGCUCCGCAUCUUCAAAGUCACCAAGUACUGGGCUCCUCUUCGAAACCUGGUGGUUUCCCUCCUGAACUCCAUGAAGUCCAUCGUCAGUUUGCUGUUCCUCCUCUUCCUCUUCAUCGUGGUGUUCGCCUUGUUGGGGAUGCAGCUGUUUGGAGGACAGUUUAACUUUGAAAAUGAAACUCCGUCCACCAACUUUGACACGUUUGCAGCUGCAAUCAUGACGGUGUUUCAGAUCCUGACCGGUGAGGACUGGAACAUGGUGAUGUAUGACGGCAUCAAGUCCCAGGGAGGCGUCAAUGACAAAGGGAUGAUCUUCUCCAUCUUCUUCAUUGUCCUUACUCUCUUCGGCAACUACACUCUGCUGAACGUCUUCUUGGCCAUCGCUGUGGACAAUCUGGCCAACGCCCAGGAGCUCACCAAGGAAGAGGAGGAGCAGGAGGAGGCAGCCAAUCAGAAGACAGCGCUGCAGAAGGCCAAAGAGGUAGCAGAGGUCAGCCCGCUGUCUGCAGCCAAUCUGUCGAUCGCUGCCAAGGAGCAGCAGAAGAAUCAUACCAAGGGCAACAAGUCGGUGUGGGAGCAGCGGACCAGCGAGAUCCGCCGGCAGAACCUGAUGACGAGCCGCGAGGCGCUCUACAACGAGCUGGAGCAGGAUGACUGGAAGGUGGGAGGGGAGGGAGAGGAGGUGUCCUACCCAAAGAAAGGACGAGGUGACAUGAAAACCCACUUGGACCGCCCGCUGGUGGUGAACCCGCAGGACAACCGCAACAACAACACCAACAAGACCCAACCGGGCGAACUCCCUCUGGACCAGGUGUACCGGCGGCAGGACAUCGACCACUGCCGCCACCACUACCACCACCACCACCGCCACCAGAAAGCCACGGCAGCAGACAGGAGGGAGCCAGGGCCGCUGGCGGAGACCCGCAUGGAGCACGGCUUCAGCUGCACCUCCCUGGGCAACGUGGAGGCCAGCGCCGACGGCCAACAGGGGGAGGAGCGGCACGGCCACCGGCACAGCCACCGGGGCCACCGGCACAGGAACAGGGAGGGCAGGGAGACGCGCAGCGUCUCCCCCCAUCACAGCGAGGCCGGCGAGGGCAACGGCGAGCGCCGCAGGACCAGGCAGCACCGCAGGGCGGCCAGGGAGGGGGAGGAGGGCAGGCGGCACCGGUCCAGGGGGACUGAGGCAGAAGCGGAGAAGGGCGAGGAUGGGGCGGGACGGAAGACGAGACGACAUCGCCAUGGCAACCAGGAGAGGAGCAGAGGUCAUCGAACCAGAAAGGAAUACCACGGCACCGGCCCCAGCCUCUCCACCACACGGCCCAUCCAGCAGUACAACGAGGACCUGGACAACUUCCGGAACAACAGCAAGCUGGCCAACGCCCACGAGCACCCGUACGACCUCCCGCCGGACCACCCCGACCACAUGAACAACCUGCUGAACUGCCGCGACGCCGACACACACACCCUGCUGCACAGCAUGGACAGUCUGAUCCUGACCAGCAUGGCCAAGCCCGAGUACACGACCAUCGACAUGCCGCCCGUCUACCCGUACCCCUCAACCAACGCCAUCCUACAAGUGAACAAGAACGCUAACACUGACCAGAAGAAGGGCGAGGAAAAGGAGGGGGAGGACGAUGAGGGCGGGGACGAGGACGGGCCCAAACCCAUGCCUCCCUACAGCUCCUGCUUCAUCAUGUCCACCACCAACCCGUUUCGGAAGUGCUGCCACUACAUCCUGACUCUGAAGUAUUUCGAGUUCAGCAUCCUGUCCGUCAUCGCCAUGAGCAGCAUCGCCCUGGCUGCCGAGGACCCCGUCUGGCCCGACUCGCCACAAAACAACGUGCUGCGUUAUUUUGACUACGUUUUCACAGGCGUCUUCACAUUUGAAAUGUUGAUCAAGAUGGUGGUGCUGGGCUUGUUUCUCCACCAGGGCUCCUACUUCCGCGACUUGUGGAACAUUCUGGACUUUAUAGUGGUUAGUGGUGCUCUGGUGGCCUUCGCCUUCACGCCGGCGACCACCACCCGGGGGAGCAGCAAAGGCAAAGACAUCAGUAUCAUCAAAUCUCUGCGUGUGCUGAGGGUGCUGCGUCCUCUGAAGACCAUCAAACGUCUCCCCAAGCUGAAGGCCGUCUUCGACUGUGUGGUGAACUCCCUGAAGAACGUGCUAAACAUCCUGAUCGUCUACAUGCUCUUCAUGUUCAUCUUCGCCGUGGUGGCUGUGCAGCUCUUCAAGGGUCGAUUCUUCUUCUGCUCGGACGAGUCCAAAGAAUUCGAGUGCGAUUGCAAGGGCGAAUACUUAGAGUAUGAUAGGGAUGAAGUUGCAGCUAAGAAGCGGGAGUGGAAGAAGUACGAUUUCCACUACGACAACGUGGCUUGGGCCUUGCUCACCCUGUUCACCGUCUCCACUGGAGAGGGGUGGCCGCAGGUGUUAAAGCACUCAGUGGACUCAACCUAUGAGAACCAGGGCCCGAGCCCGGGAUACAGGAUGGAAAUGUCCAUCUUUUACGUGGUGUACUUCGUUGUCUUCCCCUUCUUCUUCGUAAACAUCUUCGUGGCUCUCAUCAUCAUCACCUUCCAGGAACAAGGAGAUAAAAUGAUGGAGGACUAUAGCUUAGAGAAGAAUGAGAGAGCGUGUAUAGAUUUUGCCAUCAACGCCAAGCCUCUGACUCGCCACAUGCCGAAGAACAAGCUGAGCUUCCAGUAUCGCAUGUGGCAGUUUGUGGUGUCUCCGCCCUUCGAGUACAGCAUCAUGGCUCUGAUCGCACUCAACACCAUCGUCCUCAUGAUGAAGUUCGACGGUGCCUCGUUGGCCUACGACAACGUCUUGAAGAACCUCAACAUCGUGUUUACCACUUUCUUCUUCAUGGAGUCGAUCCUUAAGAUCAUCGCCUUCGGCCCUCUGAAUUACUUCAGAGACGCCUGGAACAUUUUUGAUUUCGUGUCCGUACUCGGAAGCAUCACCGACAUAUUAGUGACUGAGAUCUGGAACAACUUCAUCAACCUGAGCUUCCUGAGGCUCUUCAGAGCCGCUCGGCUCAUCAAGCUUCUGCGGCAGGGAGAGACCAUCCGCAUCCUGCUGUGGACCUUCAUCCAGUCCUUCAAGGCUCUGCCGUACGUGUGUCUGCUCAUCGCCAUGCUCUUCUUCAUCUACGCCAUCAUCGGCAUGCAGUUGUUCGGGAAUGUCUCUCUGGACGACGACGAUGAGGACGCCCUCGACGAGCACAACAACUUCCGGACCUUCAUCAUGGCCCUGAUGCUGCUGUUCAGGAGCGCUACGGGUGAAGCCUGGCAUGAGAUCAUGUUGGCUUGUCUGGGCGGGAAGCAAUGCGACCCGGCCUCAGGGAACACAGAAGCCGAGUGUGGAAGCACCUUCGCCUACACCUACUUCGUCUCCUUCAUCUUCCUCUGCUCGUUUCUGAUGCUGAAUCUGUUCGUGGCCGUCAUUAUGGACAACUUCGAAUAUCUGACCAGAGACUCGUCCAUCCUGGGGCCACAUCACCUGGACGAGUAUGUAAGGAUAUGGGCCGAGUACGACCCCGCCGCCUGCGGCCGGAUCACUUACACAGACAUGUAUCAGAUGCUAAGACACAUGUGUCCGCCGCUAGGCCUCGGGAAGAGGUGUCCCGCCCGGGUCGCCUAUAAGAGGCUGCUGCGUAUGGAUCUGCCGGUUGCCGACGACAACACGGUGCAUUUUAACUCCACCCUCAUGGCUCUCAUCCGGACGGCACUGGACAUAAAGAUCGCCAAGGGCGGUGCAGACAAGCACCAGAUGGAUGCCGAGCUCAGAAAGGAGAUGAUGGCCAUUUGGCCCAACCUGUCGCAGAAGACGCUGGAUUUGCUGGUCACGCCACACAAGGCAGCCACAGACUUGACGGUGGGCAAAAUCUACGCCGCCAUGAUGAUCAUGGAGUACUAUCGGCAGAGCAAGACGAAAAAGCUGCAGGCACUGCGAGAGGAACAGAAUCGAACGCCAUUAAUGUUUCAGCGCAUGGAGCCGCCCUCUGAGGGAGGCGGCACGGAGGGCCAGGGGGGGCAGGGGCAGAACGGCCUCCCCAGCACCCAGCCAGACAACGUCAACAGCAUUCCUCCUGAGGGUGGCAUGACUGAGAACGAGUCGUGGGUGACGACCAAAGCCCAGGAAAUGUUCCAAAAGACGGGCAACUGGAGCCCCGACAGACCCUACCCCGACGACCUCCACGACAAUCGGCACAACCCGCAGACGGUAGAGAUGAGGGAGAUGGGGCGGGACGGGUACUCCGACACUGAGCCCUAUCACCCAAUGGAUGGGCACGGGCGGACCCUCUCCAUGCCCCGCCUCUCGGCAGACAACCAAAGAGCUCAUGCUGUUUCGCGGAGGAGACACAGGCCUCGUGGAAAUGACCUCAGUACCAUCACCGACACCAGCCCGAUGCGCCGCUCCACCUCCAGCCUGGUCCACGGACGCACGGGCCGAGGCGUCCGGCUCGACGACUACUCCCUGGAGAGGGUGGUGUCCGAGGAGGGCCGACACGGGGGAGGGCGGAGGCACCGGGACAGGAGCCACCGCACCUCCCAACGCUCCCUGACCAGAUACACCGACGCAGACACGGGCCUGGGCACAGACCUCAGCACCACCACGCAGUCGGGUGAUCUCCCACCGAAGGAGCGCGAGCGUGACCGCGGCCGCACCAAGGACCGCCGCCACCACCACCAUCACCACCACCACCACAGCUCCAUGGACAAGGAGCGCUACGGCCCCGACCGCCAUGAAUACUCCCACAGGCAUCCCCACGACCGCCACUGGUCCCGGUCGCCCAGCGAGGGGCCCGAUGGGCGGGGCCACAGACAGGGCAGUAGUUCGGUGAGCGGCAGCCCGGUCCCCUCCACCUCGGGGACCAGCACUCCACGGAGAGGCCGUCGGCAGCUGCCUCAAACCCCCGCCGUCCCCCGUCCGCACGUCACCUACUCCCCCGCGGUCCGCAAGCCCGGCUACGGCCCGCCGGGCCCGGGCCGCCUGCGCUCGCCGUCCCCCCGACACUUCUCUCCGCCGGACCACGACCGAGGCUACCACCACCGGCCGCCGUCGCGCCACGCGUCCCCCCAUCACGGAGGCUCCUCGUCCCGGCACGGGUCGCCGCGCUCCCCGAGGCACCAGUCCCCGCGCUCGCCCCUCCACGGCUCGCCUCGAUCGCCUCACCGGGGCCGCUGGAGCGGGCCGCCGCCCGGGGACAGCCUGGAGGGCGACGGACCCUUCUACGAGAGAGAUUACGAGUACGAGCGGCACCACGAGCCCCCUGCCUACGAGCAGAGCCUUUCCCACGGCAACCCACACCCACAUGGAGGAAACCCUCACCCGCACCCCCGCUCACCCAGGACUGCCCGCCACGGGCCCCCUCCGCCCCCACACCCGCAUCCGCGUCGGGUACCCAACGGCUACCGCUCAUCCUCACCGUCCCCACAUCGACGGGGACCGCCGGGGGCGCCCCCGCACCCGCACCACCGGCCUCCCCACGCCAGAGGGCCUCGCAAGGGCCUGCAUGAACCUUAUAGCGAGACGGACGAGGAUGACUGGUGCUAGCAACGGCAGAGAGCGAAGGGAUACAGGCAGCAGAGAAGAAGAACAGCAGCAGCCUCCAGCGCUUUGGCCUCGGACGUGUAGACUUUAAGUAGUGAAAAUGAAAGGGUUGGACACCCUCUAAACACUCUACCCUCAUCCUGCAGACUCUGACCGAGAGGAGGGGCUGUAGGGGAGUGUGCUGCAAAUGGCUUUUUUACACAUUUUGUGUAAGACUCAAAUCAAUAAAGGAGCGGCACGUGAAAGAAACGCAAAACAGACAGCUGGGAAGAAUGGGCCAAGGCGUAGGCACCUCUGCCUCUCUCCGUCUCAGAACUACGCUCCCCGGAAGGUGGCAGGAGGACGCGGCAGACGCCGCCACAGGAAAACAAGAGGGGCUUUACAGGCCGAGAAAGCGAUUCUCCCAGACUGAUGCCCAAUUGCUUGGAUUUGCCAGACCUCUGCUGCGUGCUGCUGGUCAGACUACUAAUGUUAAAAAGCCUGAAAAAUGAGCUGGAAUGCAGAAUCCAUGGCUUUGACUCUGCUCUGAGACAGAUAUGUUUAAUGAAAAACACAUUAAUAGAAAGUCAGGACCCCCUAAACCCUUACAUGCCAAGCUAUGCCUCCAGAAAAUCAAACUUGAACAAUGAAGAACACAAUGAAACUUUACAUAAGAAAAGAAAAAAAGGGAGAAAAACCACUUUAUCUUUAAUCUUUUUCCUUUCCAAGGGACAGAACCAGGAAGCUCCGCCUAUACUGCAAAAACCAGCCAAUCACAGCGUUGGCUGAUAUUUGAUGAGUUUUAUCAUCUCUGUUUACUGUUAAAGACUCACUUUAAUGCUGAUGGGACUGCUGUGACAUCACUUCCUGUCCAGCCGGUGGCGGGUGGCGGUAGCAGCGCGAGCCAGGGGAAGGGUGAGGCAACAGUGUGGGCUCGCUUCCCGUUUCCGAGUGCGCUGGGAGGGGGUGGGCUCAGGUAGCUCGAGAAGAGAGUCGGACACUUUUGUCGAGCCUCUUUCCUCCUCUGCUACUCCACCACCCCCCGACACGCGGCGAAAAAGGAUGACCAGACAGGAAAUGACAUCACGCGGUUGAAGGCGGCGGAGGAGAGGAAAGGAGGGAUGGUAAAAAAAACAAAAAAGACUAAUUUCUUCAGUAUUUCUUCUCUCGAUUACUUCUCCUUCUUGUUCUUCUUCGGACAUUGGAGCUUGGUUCUUCUGUUGCAUUCGCUCAACCUCCUUUGAUCUUUUUCGGAGUCCAAAAAUUUGAUGGAAACCUGCAUGAUUGAUUAAAUACAUACUUGAGAGGAAAUCUUAUCUGGUGUGGGAGGGACCUGGGGGCUUUAUAGGAAACUUUGCAUUUAGGUUUACUGAAGAAGUUCUCCUCUGUCACACCCGCUCUCUCUCUCAGCAUCUCGAAAGUUAUUUUCUGGGUUUCUGGGUUUCCCUCUGGACCCCAAACAGGCUUUGACAGUCAGCUGUGUUGCUUGCCUUUUAUUGUUUGAGCCAAAACUCUGUUGAAAGACGCACCGUCGUGGAGUCACGUUAAAGUUUCCUCCAGUGCUCGAGAGACACGAGGGAGAGAGCGCCAGAAGAGGCCAACUUCUACCGCUCUUCAUUUAUAAUUGUUAAAGAUGACAGUCUAAUGAAUAAUGAAACCAAUGUCCAUGCAAAAUGAUCGUGACAAUGAUGAUACUGGUGAUGAUUGACUGAUUGAUUGAUUGACUGAUUGAUUGAUUAACUGAUUGAUAGAAGUGUUGCUAUAGAUUUGUUGUUAUUGUUAUUUGGAGUUGAAGUAUGCUAUGUCCAUCUUGUUUACAUUCGUUCUGUUUUUUUAAGCCCCCCCCCAUACAAUGACGUUUACUGGGUUCCUGAUGCCUUCCUGCAACGUUUCGGUGCAAACGACGGCUUGGGAACAUUUCACUUAGCAGCAUUGCGUGUUGUAACGCAAAUCUUACCGCACGUUUUUCUCUCCAGGGCGGCAGAAGCGGAGGUCAGGGGAGAUCUCAGUGUUUGACCUGCAAUGAUUCAAAUGGGGUCAGUGCUUAAGCCAACCCAAAGAUCAAAACUUCAUGUUCAAAGCGAGGGUGGGGUA